AUGUCACAACAGCAACUUCCUGCGGAGCUACUAUCAUACAUCGUCUCCUUCGCGACGACUGAAACAUUGGCCAAUGUAGCCCUCUGUUCGAGAGAAUUCUACGAUUUCGCGCUGCCUUACCUCUACGAGACGCUGGACGUUCGACCACGGAGAGCAGUGGGCCGCCGUCACCACCACGACCGCUUUGGGCUCGGCCGCCUGCUGGAAUUGUUCAUGAAGAAGCCUCAAAUCGCCGUUCUUGUUCGGAAACUCAGCAUAUGGCCAGCUUUUACAAACAAUGCUGGACAUGGGGUUUACCAAUGUCGAUGCGGCAAGUACGCCAUGAUUUCCGAACAGAGGGAUUUACCAGACCACGUAGAGCAGCUGCUGGCAGCCCUCGAGGACUACGACCGCAAGUUCUGGGAGCUACCUAGCCUGGAAGAGGCCUAUAUCGCCUAUAGUGAGGAUGCCAUGUUGGCUUUCCUCCUGUGUACAUUGCCACGGCUGAAGUCGAUAGACCUCGCUACAGCUAUGAACAUGGAGUGGGUACCCAAAGUCGUCGCCCUCAGGUGUGCUUACCAUACUCUGGUGUCAACCUCUCAGCAGGAGCUCGAGGAUGCCCUGCCUCUUCGCUUCAGACCAGUCGCUGGUCUCCCAAUGUUUCCCGAACUGCAAGAUGUCCGCUGGAGCAGUACAGGACCCGAGCACAGUAACCUUCUUGAAGAGAUGUUGGACAUAUCCUCCGCAAAGCGAAUCUCUUGUGACAACUUCCGGAGUGCCAACGGUGUACACAACCCUUGGGGCCACCUACCCAGAGAUGAGAAAGGACUCCGCAAAUUGAAGCCUGCCAGCUCCAACAUGGAAAAGCUCGAGCUGCGUUAUUGUGAGCUGAACAAUUCUGACAUGAGUGGAGCGCUGCGGUUCCCCAAGGCUCUCAAAAGCUUCGUCUACGAGAUCCACCCGGAGCACAUUGAGCAGUCUAGAUCGGACUAUCAGCAGCUUCGCCAAAGUCUAGGCCAGCAUGAACAGAGUCUGGAACACCUCUGCCUUGACGCCGACGACAACGAUUGGCCUUACCUUCCAACAUUUGACACGCCGUGGAUCGACAGCUUGCAGAGCUUUCAGAAGCUCACCCAUGUGCGCUUGUCGGCCGGCUUAAUAUUCAAUCAGCUUGCCCUGAAGCCGACGCCCGGUUGGGAGUCGUUGGAAGACUUUGCCAAUGCAGGGUCGCCAGAAACCGUCUUCAUGGAACUGCUGCCGCGCCACAUCGAAACGUUCGAGCUCGGGGUGGGCGACGCUUUCGUUGACCGGACUUGUGCUUCGCUAGAGCAUUUGCUGUCGCAUCGUGCGAGUGUUCCUGCGUUAUCGAGCGUUAGCUUGGAUGUCAGGAAGAGCUCAGCUGCGAUCUAUCGAGAACGCUUGUUCCGGACUCUUCCGCAGCUUGGUCAAGACAAUGGUGUUCGAGUCAGCAUCCGAGAGCGGUACAGCGAAGACAUUUUCGUUACCGAGCCUUACGGGGCUUCCCUGCCCGGACCGGAUACCCUGUGA